CUGCGCCGUGCCUUGGCCAUGGCGUAUCGGAGGAAGCUCGGUGCGCCCAAGGCCACCACCUUCGAGGACUUCGGAUCCACGCCGCCGGAGGACUCCUCUCAGGCGUCGCCAGAGCUCGUCGCCCAAGCCAUCCGUGCGUCCGCCGCCCACCGCGACUCCUCUCUCUCCUCCGCCUAUGGCGAAUCCGCCUUCUCUUCCGCCUAUCGGGAAUCCAAUCUCCCCAGGUCACCCCUGGAUUCAAAUACCUAUGCGUUCACAUCGAUGAAGAGCUUGAAUGAACCUAAACAUGGUUUCUGGGGGAUUCUGGCUAGAAAAGCUAAAGCAAUUCUUGAAGACGACAAUGCAACCCAGCAAUUUGAUGAGCAUGGCAGGAACCAGGUCCAGAUGGUUGACUUAUCAACAAGUACACAGCAGUUCCAUCUAUCCUAUUCUGAAGGCUACCGGGAGACAGAAAAGCCUGCACUUCAUAAAGGAUCAGAUUCAAUUGCUUCUUCCCUUAACCACAUUGGUGGUUCAAUUAGAAAUGCCCUAGAAGAAGGCCUGACAAUUGUGGAGAAUAGAACAGCUGAUAUCAUUCAAGAAACACGAAAGCUGCAAAUUAGGAGAAAAGCAAGUGGUUCCAGUGCACAAGAUCAGUCCACAGAUACAUUGGCUCCAAAUACUUUCUCUCAGAUUCAAACUGACCAAGAAACACAACUGAAGGCUUCACGCGACGUUGCAAAUGCAAUGGCUGCCAAGGCCAAACUUCUAUUACGAGAACUAAAAACAGUCAGGGCAGACCUGGCUUUUGUGAGGCAACGGUGCUCCCAGCUUGAAGAGGAGAACAAAAUCUUGCGAGAGAGCCGUGAAAAGGGAAGCGACGAUGAAGAUGACGACCUGAUAAGACUCCAGUUGGAGACAUUAUUGGCUGAGAAGGCAAGGCUGGCACAUGAGAACUCAUUAUACGCACGAGAGAAUCGGUUCCUGAGGGAGAUUGUGGAAUACCAUCAACUAACCUUGCAGGAUGUCGUCUACUUGGAUGAGGGCAUUGAAGAGUUCACAGAGGUCUACCAGAUCCCAUCCCAUUCCUCGCUAUCUCCUUCUGCACCUGAAUUCCCCUCUCCUGCCUUCUCUAGCACUCCCUCUCCAUCUCCAGAGACGGUAUCCAUAUCGAGAACCCCCGCCGAUCCUACAUCUCCUCCGAAGAUAAUUGCGAAAGAUGUGCCUGCAGACAUAGAGACAAGUCCAUCAAUGUUGCCCGAGGCCGAAGGUCCCAAGCAGCAGGAGAUUAUUCCAUCACCAUCUUCAAGUACAGUUGAAGGUCCUCGGUGGCAAGAGAGGAGUCCAUCCCCAUCUCCAGCAACUCAAGGCCCCUGGCUGCUGCAGUCUCCAACCCUGCCUGCCUGAGAUCUUCUAGCCUUCUCUUCUUGGGUGUGCUUUUGGUUUGUUUGUGCAUGUAGAAUUUCAUUUAUUCUUGAUUUUAUUGUUUGUAAUCAUAAACUAUGUCAUUUGUUUGUGUAA